ACUUACAAGCUUGGACCCACUCCAGAUAGAUCGAUAAUCUAUAUAUAUCAGCACCAAAAGGCUUUCGAAAACGAAUUCACAAGGCCUGCUCAACUAAAUGGAAGACAUAGAGUUUCUGGAGAGAGUUGUGAAAAGAGUAAUGAGCUCUGGAAUUUUGGGAAAUCCCAAAGACCUUCGGAAUCAUUCUAAAGUGACUGAAUUUGUUGAUCCAGAAGAUUUAAAGAGAAAGCUUGACUUAGAAAUUCUUGAUGAACCUGCAAGCAAUGAAGAACUACUUGGCCUUUGUGAAGACGUGAUGAGAUACAGUGUGAAGACGGGUCACCCAAUGUUUUUAAAUCAGCUGUAUCACGGGUUGGACGGUUACUGCGUUGCUGGAGCAUGGUUGACUGAUGUCUUAAACACUAGUCAGUCUACUUAUGAAAUCUCGCCGGUAUUCACCGUAAUGGAAACGUUUGUAAUUCGUCAUAUUAUUAAUAAUUUCAUUGGCUGGGACGAUGGAGAAGGAAUAUUUUCUCCAGGAGGUUCUGUAGCCAACAUGUACGCCAUGUUCGUAGCUCGACAUAAAGCUUUACCGGACGUGAAGACCAAAGGGCUUCGUGGAUUUCCUCAACUGGUGGCUUUUGUUUCGGAAGACGGGCAUUAUUCAACCACGAAAACAGCAAAUUGGUUAGGCAUUGGCACAGACAAUUUGGUUAUUAUAAAAGUAGACGACAGAGGACGCAUGGUACCAGAAGAUCUGGAUCGGUCUUGCAAAGAAGCCAAACAGCAAGGAAAAUUGCCGUUUUAUGUGUGUGCUACUGCCGGAUCGACUGUAUUAGGUUCUUUCGACCCCCUCCAUCAAAUCGCAGAUAUUUGUCAAAAACACGACCUCUGGUUCCAUGUUGACGCCGCUUGGGGUGGAACUGUUCUCUUGUCACGUUCUCAUCGACACCUUAUGGACGGCGUCAACAGGGCUGAUUCUGUAACAUGGGAUUUUCAUAAAAUGCCAGGACUGUCCUUGUACUGCAGCGUCUUCCUGACAAAAUGGACAGGUAUGCUGUACGAGUGCAAUUCUUCAUGUGCUGAAUAUUUGUUUCAAGAGGAUAAGCAUUACGACGGUGCGUACGACACUGGAGAGAAAAGUGUACAAUGCGGUCGUAAAGUCGACGUUCUGAAGUUGUAUUUGGCGUGGAGAGGACGUGGUCAGAUUGGCAUGGAACAACUAGUAAACCACGCUUUCAACAUGGCUCAAUACUUCUUUGAAAAAAUAAAACACACCAAAGGUUUUAAACUAGUUUUACCGGAGUUUCAGUUCACCAAUAUUUGUUUCUGGUAUGUACCUCCAAGUCUGCAGGGUAAAGAACACACACCCGACUUUUGGGACCAGUUGUCAACGAUUGCCCCAAAACUCAAAGAAAAAAUGACAAAGCAAGGGACAAUGAUGAUAGCCUAUCAGCCUUUAUCAUCUAAAUCUUUUCCGAACUUUUUCCGGUUAAUUGUCCACUGUCUACCUUCUUUGUCGAAAGAAGACAUGGACUUCAUUGUGACGGAACUCCAGAGGCUUGCAGAAGAUCUCUAGAUAUUGGAAGAGAGCAUGGACUUUACCGUGAGAAAACCACUGAGGCCUGUAGAUAGAUUCUAGAAACAUUUAUUGAGCAUGUUCUAGCUGCUCCAGUUUCAUGUUACUGUACUCAAUAAAUGCACAGUAUAACAGCUUUA